UAUCCCUCUAUUUUAUCUAUUGGAAAUCACGCAAGUUCUCAUUGUGUUUGUGCGUGUUGGUUAAUUUAUUCACGAAAACUUCGUAUUUGAAUCCCAUUGUGUAUAAAAUUUUUUGAUCAACAGUAGUAAUAAAUUGCGAGCAAAAAGCAAAAUAAAAACCUCGCUCCGUUCUUGAAACAAGUCAACUGGGCUUCAUUAUUUUCUUGAGAAUGCGACUCUCAUCGUCAGAGAAUCCCUUGUUCUGAGAUUCAAGAAUCUUGAGUGAAUACUGUUCGUUUACUCGGGAUUAUGGCCAUGGCGGAAGAUGAUCUGUACACUAAAGAUGGAACAGUGGAUUACCACAAUAACCCUGCAAAGAAGAAUAAAACUGGAACAUGGAAAGCCUGCCCUUUUAUUUUAGGAAAUGAAUGUUGCGAAAGAUUGGCAUACUAUGGGAUGAGCUCCAAUCUGGUGGUUUAUUUCAAGGAACAGCUGAACCAGCACAGCACCACUGCUUCUAACAAUGUGUCGAAUUGGUCGGGAACAUGCUACAUUACACCACUCAUUGGAGCAUUUGUGGCUGAUGCAUAUCUAGGAAGAUAUUGGACUAUAGCACUGUUCUCAAUCAUAUAUGUCAUUGGGAUGACAUUGCUGACACUAUCAGCAUCAAUUCCGGGCCUGAAACCAACCUGCCAAGCGAAAGACUCCUGCCAUGCAACAAGCACGCAGGCUGCAGUUUGUUUUGUUGCACUUUACCUGAUUGCACUAGGAACAGGCGGUAUUAAGCCUUGCGUCUCGUCCUAUGGGGCGGAUCAGUUUGAUGAUACCGACGAAGUUGAAAAGAAGCACAAGAGUUCUUUCUUUAAUUGGUUCUAUUUCUCAAUCAAUAUUGGUGCUCUUAUUGCUGCUUCUGUCCUCGUCUGGGUACAAAUGAAUGUCGUGGUGUUUUUCUUUUCAGGCACCCGAUUGUACCGUAAUCAGAAGCCUGGGGGAAGCCCUCUCACACGCAUCUGUCAAGUACUGAUAGCUUCUUUUAGGAAGUAUAGGAUUGAAGUUCCGGCUGACAAAUCGCUCUUGUAUGAAUGCAAGGAUGCUGAGUCUGCAAUCAAAGGAAGCCGCAAGCUUGAGCAUACUGAAGAUCUUGGGUUCUUUGACAAGGCUGCAGUUGAAACGCAAUCAGACCACAUGAAAGGCUCAGUGGAUCCAUGGAGACUUUGCACAGUGACGCAAGUGGAGGAGCUAAAAGCCAUUAUACGACUGCUUCCCGUAUGGGCCACGGGUAUAAUUUUUGCCACUGUAUACGGUCAAAUGAGCACCUUGUUUGUGUUACAAGGCUUGACAAUGGAUGCUCAGGUGGGGAAAACCGGCUUCGAGAUUCCAGCAGCGUCCCUAGGCAUUUUUGACACCCUCAGUGUGAUAUUUUGGGUUCCCAUUUACGACAGAAUCAUCGUCCCUGUUGCCAGAAAGUUCACAGGCCACAAAAACGGUCUUACUCAACUCCAACGAAUGGGGACCGGCCUCUUCAUCUCUAUUUUCUCCAUGCUCUCUGCAGGGAUUCUCGAGCUGAUUAGGCUCAGAUAUGUGAGAAGGCACAACUACUACGACCUCAAGGUAAUACCAAUGUCAAUUUUCUGGCAGGUUCCUCAGUAUUUCAUCAUCGGAUGUGCAGAAGUGUUCAUGUUCAUUGGUCAGCUGGAGUUCUUCUAUGAGCAAGCUCCCGAUGCCAUGAGAAGCUUGUGCUCUGCUCUUCAGCUCACCACGGUCGCUCUUGGGAGCUACUUGAGUACUUUGCUUGUGACUAUAGUCACCAGAAUUAGUACCCGGAAUGGGAAGCUCGGAUGGAUACCGGAUAAUCUCAACUAUGGUCACCUCCAUUACUUCUACUGGCUCUUGGCCGUGCUGAGCGUGCUGAAUCUGGGGGUGUUUCUUCUGGUGGCAAAGUGGUACACUUACAAAAAGCCACUUGGAACUCUUCGCUGAUGGAAAGAUUAGGACUGAUCAGUCUGUAUAUCGCAUACAAGCAGAUGUUAAUGGCUACCAUACGCGUAAUUUGAUUCGUGAAACUGUAAAAAGCACUGCAUUAGACUCUCCACGUUGUGCUUAUGUCAUGUGAUCACCUGAAAGGGAAUCUCUGUCAAAUAUUAUGAAUCAUUUAAAUAUAUGUUUGCUAAGUUAGUGUGCUUCUUGUUGGAUGCUUUCGGCCAUUUUGAACUUGUGCAGGAAUGGACCGUAAUACACAUACUUUUUCAUUAUUCGCCAUAAGUACAAUAACACAUUCAGA